UCAAAGGACAUGGUAUCAGUUCUGGGUGACUGGGGCAAAUGCUAUGGGAGAGGAGCUGAAGCUGAGGCUGCAGAAGCAUGUGGGGAUCAUAAUUAUUUCACGGGAUCAUCUGCGUGGGAGGCCCAAUAGAGCCCUUAGCAGCAGACUGGGGCACAACUGAGGAUGGCUCCAGGGCUGUUUCUCACCAACAAGUCCCCUCUCCCCAGGAAGGAAGAAUCUACCAAGUACUUCAACUUUUCAACUUCUGAUGAGAAGAGCAAGAAAGAUGCUGAGCAUCGUUAUCAUGUGAAUAACCUGAGUCAGCGAGAUGUGACCAUCAGCAUUAAUUUCUGGGUUCCUAUCCUGCUGAAUGGUGUGGCUGUGUGGGAUGUGGCUGUAGUGGCCCCCUCACAGAACCUCCCCUGUGUGUCGGAGAGGGAACCUCCCCAGCAUCCUGACCUCCUGGCCCAGAUUCCAGGGAGUCUUGUACUGAACUGCUCCAUUGCUGAAUGCCUGAGGUUCCGCUGUGACCUCCCCUCCUUUGGCAUCCAGGAGGAUGUUGACUUCAUCCUGAAGGGCAACCUCAACUUUGGCUGGGUCAGCCAGACAUUGCAGAAGAAGGUAUUGGUGGUGAGUGUGGCUGAAAUCACAUUCAACAGGUCCGUGUAUUCCCAGCUUCCAGGACAGGAGGCAUUCUUGAGAGCUCAGGUGGAGACGGUGCUGGAGAAGUAUGAGGUCUACAACCCCAUCCCCAUUAUUGUGGGCAGCUCUGUGGGAGGGCUGCUGCUGCUGGCUCUCAUCACAGCCAUCCUAUACAAGGUUGGCUUCUUCAAACGUCACUAUAAGGAAAUGAUGGCGGAAGCCGAUGGGCAGACUGUUCCAGAAAAUGGGACUUCAGACCCUCAGGUUGCCCAAUAAGAAACUACCUCCUAUUGUCCCUUGGACCUGUUAUCCUCUGAGAGGUUUCCUGGCCUUCUUACUCCCAACUAAGUUAGGCCUGCAGGGGGAGAAAUGUUCCACGUGAGGGAGGCUAGGAUCAGGCUGCUUUCUCCUUUGGGAGGCUGCAGUAUAUCCACACAAAGUGCCUUGCCUGGGAAGGGCCAUUUGUCUUGUCAAGGCUGUAACUGGAAACCCCAGAACAGGACCCUAACCAUGCCCCUGGGCGGAGUUGAUUUGCAUUUCUACUUAGAAAUACAUGAACAAUAGCCUCAGGCUCCAGUCUCUCUUGCUUCACUUGCCGCCAAUGAUCUUUCUAAAAUACAGUACUAAACAAGCCACAAUCUUCAUCUAUCUUUAGUGGCUCCCUAUAAUUUUCAGGUUGACAUCUGAACUCUCCAGAUUGAUAUUAGGAUUCCAGUUCCAUUUCUAGAGGGUGGGCUUUGAUGCACAUACCAUGAUUUGCUCUGUGCUUCCCUAUCAUCCUUAUUCCUAGUAAAAUACUGUCACUAUCAGCACUUUGUCUCAGGAAUCCCAGUCCAGAUUUCCCAAACUGAACUGGGAAUAAAAUGUCUGCACAUUGGAAUUUGUAAACUUGGCUUUCAGGCUUUGUUAGCUUUGCUAGCUGGGAGGGGGGAAUAGAACCCCAGCAGGAGCAUUGCCCCAAUGCCACUUUGGCUCACCCAGCUCCAGCAACUCUAAGAGAUUAAGAGGUCCAGGACACUUUCAUUUUUUGACAUUGCAAAUAUAGUAAAUUAAGAAAUGCUGAUACAUAAUUUUUAAAAGUGUGUAUUUAAAUGUUUGCCUUAACAAAUUAACACAUUACACAAAACGAAUAUAUGUACCUUUGUUGAGAAAUAAGUCAAAGAUCUAAAAUUCAGGCCUUUUAGGGAUGUGGGUCCUGUACAAUGAUGCCCAUGGUGUCCCUUAACCAAUGGUGGGUGCCGGCCAGCCCUGAAUCCUGGGACCAGGACAAGAAAGUUAAAUAGAGGGGGAGGUUAUUACAUCCCUAUAUUGGGGUAACCUGACUUCUUAUUCUACUCACUCAAUUCUCAAAGCUGUCACUGAUGGGAAGCUAAUGGGGCUGUGGCAGGUGGGGGUAGGACAAGAAAAUGGGCUCAGGUGGAAAGGUCUUUAGAGUGAAGCAAUACACUGGUGUUUCUUACAAAUCUUAAGAGAUCGUGAAGGGGACACUGUUUGCAUAUGGUUAGUGAUUGGCAGGCACUCUGAAGUCCUGUAUCAGAGAUCUGCUGCCCCCAAUAUGGUCACUGUUGCUAUUAUGCCACCCAUCUUAGUAUAAAGCUCAAAGUGAUGCCUGGCACUGAGCUGGGUGUCAACACAUAAGAGGUCAUUUCCUGCCUUGGUGUGAUCCCACCGCUGCUGCCACCUCCAAGGGGUUUGGGCCAUGUGGAUGUUCUUUUUUAAAUAAAUAUUUAUAUUUAUUGAUUUGACAGAGAGAGACACAGCAAGAGAGGGAACACAAGCAAGGGGAGUGGGAGAGGGAGAAGCAGGCUUCCCUCAGCGUGGGGAGCCCAAUGCGGGGCUGGAUCCGAGGAUCCUGGGAUCACGACCUAGCCGAAGGCAGACAGACACUCAACCACUGCACCACCCAGGCGCCCCAUGGGCCAUGUGGAUGUUCUAAUUAGAAACACAGAAAGGGGAGGUAGUUGAUCAUGUGAUUAUAGGGGAAGCUGGAAAAUGGCUCUUUAUGGGCACCCAAAAGUAUCUCCUCCUUUCAUCAUCAUAGGGUCCAAAAUCCCUCUGGAGUCUCCAGAAGGACCAAAUAUUAUGCAAUAGCUUUAAGUAGGUCUCCAGAUUAGACUUUAUGAGAAUCCAGUUUUGGAUUGUUGUUUCUCAAAAUGUGUUCUGUGAAUCACUGGUGGUCUCUGGUGGUCUCCUACGUGCUAAGUUUUAGAGAAAAAAAACUGCAAGAAGUAGUUUUUAACCCACACAUCUCAUACAUUUGAAAUGGUGACUUUCAUAGAAAUCUGUCUAUAUCCUUAGUAUUUUGUUCCUAAAGACUGUCCAUAGACUCCAAGGGCUGCAGUGGGCUCUUGUGUAAAAUGAAUUCAACAGGUGUUACUUUCACUUAUUUUUCCUUUGCAUAUUAUUGCUUACAUUCAUUUUAUUUGAUUUUUUUCAGAGUUGCUAUUGUGUUGUGUUAUAUCUCCAAUCACAAAAAUGGAGCAAUGGCUCAAAAGUUUUGGUUGAAACAUAAAAAUUAAGAUAAAAAAGUGAAUUGUUGCAACUUAGAAUAAUGU